AUGCCUCGCGGCGGCCGCAGCUCUGGGGCAGCCAAGGGUGGCGGCGGCGCUCCUGCUCCAGCAACUAGUACCGGCGGUGGCGGCGGCGGCGGCUUGUUGAGCAACGCCGCAUCCGUGUUUGCUGAGGGAUGGAUCUGGUGCACCAGUUGGGCCUUGGCAAACAGGGCCAUGGAUGCUGUCCUUGGCCCCCGUACCUUCCGCAUCGAACACACUGCUGCUGCUGCUACUACUACGACCACCAGUCCCAGUGAUGCGUCGUCUAGCCCUUGCGAAAUCCAUGCCAUGGCCUUCCAAGACUGCAUCAACCAGAAUGGGAGCGACAUCAGCAAGUGCCAGUUCUACGUCAACAUUCUCAAUGACUGCCGCCGCAGAGGCCAAGUCGCCGCCGAAACAUCCGGAUAG